CCACUCUGUCAAGCAAACUCUCUUUCUUCCUCUAGCAGCACUCUUUUCUUUCUUUCUUUCUGUCUAUCUCUGCUUAGAAAUUUCUGGCUUCAACUUCAGCUCCCAUUCCCAAAAUGCAACAAAAUGCCCACCCUUCUUACUACCCUACCACGUCUUCUUCCUCCGCCUCCUUAAAAGGCUGUUGCUGCUGCCUCUUCCUCCUCUUCUCCUUCAUCGCUCUCCUCAUCCUAGCCGUUGUUUUAAUCGUAAUCCUGGCCGUCAAGCCCAAGAAGCCCCAGUUUGAUCUCCAGCAAGUUGGCGUUCAGUACAUGGGCAUCUCUGCACCCAAUCCCACCUCUCUGGACCCCACCACAACCACCAACUCUAUCUCCACUCAAACGGCUUCUCUUUCCCUCACAAUUCACAUGCUUUUCACAGCCGUCAACCCUAACAAAGUGGGCAUCAAGUACGGCGAGUCCAAGUUCACGGUAAUGUACCGAGGGAUUCCCUUGGGUAAAGCUUCGGUACCAGGGUUCUACCAAGAGGCUCACAGUGUGAGAAACGUGGAGGCCACCAUCGCCGUUGAUCGAGCCAAUUUGUUACAGGCAGAUGCCGCUAGUUUAAUCAGAGACGCUUCAUUGAAUGACCGAGUUGAGUUGAGGGUUUUGGGUGAUGUUGGCGCUAAGAUCCGUGUCUUGAGCUUCGAUUCGCCCGGCGUUCAUGUAUCUGUGGAUUGCGCAGUUGUUAUAAGUCCAAGGAAGCAGUCUCUCACCUACAAGCAGUGUGGAUUUGAUGGGUUGAGUGUGUAGUCACUCUGAACCAAAAUAUUUUAUUAUUAAAAAAAUAUUAUUAUACAAAUGAAGAAUGAAAAAAAAAAAAAAAAAGGGAAAUUGUUUUCAUCAAUGUCCAAGCGUGAGAUUGAGAAGGGAAAAAAAAAUGCAAAAGAGGUCUGCACAUGGAGUAAUAGAAAAGCAAAGCUUCUCUCUCAAGAAAGAUGAUGAUGAUGAUUCAGAAGAAAAUUCUUCAUUGCUAUUGUUAUCAAUUAAUUUUCCAAGUAAAUUUUCUUUUUCUUUUUCAUAUUGGUUUCUUCUCAUGGAAGGAAAAUCUGCUAACAACGUGUAAAGUCCCAUGUGAACUCAAUCUCAUUUUAUCUCACUAUUUCCCUACCCUCUCUCCAA